AUGGCAUUGGAUAUCAGUUGGCCCAUGGUAUUGGGAGCGACUAUCGCGUACCUUGCGACCGUUGCGGCUUAUCGCCUGUUUCUUCAUCCUCUGGCUCGCUUUCCUGGGCCCAAACUGGCAGCUAUAUCGCGCUGGUAUGAGGCGUACUAUGAUGUUGUCUUGGGCGGACAAUACACGGCAAAGAUUGCAGAAUUACAUGGAGAAUACGGCCCAAUCAUUCGAAUCAGCCCGUACGAACUGCACGUCGCCGAUGCCAAGUUUUUCGACACGCUCUAUCGCAUGGAGGGACGUUGGGACAAAUAUUCGUGGACAUACGAUGCUUUCGGGGCCAAGGGCUCAACGGUAUUUUGCUCAGAUCAUCACGUCCACAAAGCCCGUCGUCGAGCCAUUGCACCAUUCUUCUCCAAAGCAAACGUCCUUGACCGCCAAGCUUUGCUGCACAGAAAUGUUGGCAAACUUUGCCGGCGCCUCUCCGAUCUCUCGGGAACCGCCGUCAACCUAGGCGCCGCCAUCAGCGCCUUCACUCGAGACAAUGCCAACGAAUACAUUAUUGGCAAAGCAUAUAAUGAGCUUGACUUGGAGGACUUUGGCAUUGGGUUGUCCAUCGCGUCACAAGGAGCUGGCAUGUUCUGGCGCGCGACCAAGCAUAUCCGCUGGUUCGGCCCUGCCCAAUCCGAACAAGACACGCGAGACACCCUGGCUGCUGAAGCAUCGUCCUCUCCCGACACCGAGGUCCAGAACACCAUGGUCCACGCAAUUGUCAAGUCUGAUCUUGCGCCCGCUGAGAAAAGCUUUGAGCGCAUCUAUGAAGAAGUGGCCACCGUCACCGGAGCUGGUUUCGAAACGUCGGCAAACGCCCUGAGACUGAUACUCUUCCACGUUUACACGAAUGACGCGAUUCUCGGACGACUCCGAGAGGAAAUCUCGUCGUUGACUACCAAGUCCUCUGAGCCGAUUACUCUGAGACAACUGGAGCAGCUCCCAUAUCUUACGGGUGUUCUAAGGGAGGGCCUGCGCCUAAGCCCUGGAGUCGCCUCGAGAGCAGCCAGAAUCACCGACAAGGACCUCGCCUACAACGACUGGUGUAUUCCUGCAGGCACGCCCGUCGGAAUGACUACUAUAUUAAUUCACACCGAUCAAAAUUUGUACCCCGAUCCAAUGUGCUUCAACCCCGAUCGAUGGAUAGAUCAAGGUGCCGAGAAAGCAGUCGUCACCAAGUUUGCGCCGUUUUCCCGCGGAACAAGGAUUUGCCUCGGCAUGCACCUGGCUUGGGCAGAGAUGUACCUUGUUCUCGCGGCUCUAGUUCAGAGGUUUUCCUUCACCAUCGAGGGUGUCGCAGCCAGUGACUUUGAAUUGGACAAGGACAAUUUUGGCAUCGGUACCAAGGCUGGGUGUAAUCUGAUGGCUCGUGUCGACCCAUACGAAGGCUGA